AGUGGGGAGAUGGGAUGGGAUGGGAUAGAGUGGAGGUUGGUGCUGGAUAGCUACAUAUCUAUGGUGAGGUCGUGGUUUUCUCUUUGUACUCUGUUUGUUGUUGUGGAACAGGUAUGUCUCAGUCCUGCUUAUAUUGCAACGACGUCGUCUGAGUGAUUUUCUACCUCCUCGUUGUUGUUGUCGUCGCGUCUACUUUCCUUCCUUUUUUUUUUACCUCCCACCACGCGCUUGACGAUGGUUCUCGAAGAUGCCCUUGCCGUCAUGGCACGGCAUUGGCCUUCUGCACUGGCCAUCAUUGUCAUUGUCCAUUUCACGCGCAACUACUUCCACCACUCCCUCAACAAAUACCCAGGCCCGUUCCUCGCGCGCAUCACAAACUGGUGGCGCUUCUGGGACGUCCUCCAGCGCCGCCCUGAAGUCACCCAUAUCGCCCUACACAAGAAACACGGCGAUGUCGUUCGUCUCGGCCCCAACUACCUCAGCUUCGCCGAUCCCAAGGCUGUGAAGGACAUCUACGGCCUCAACAAGGGCUACAUCAAGAGCGACUUCUACCCCGUCCAACAAUCCGUCUCAAACGGCCACCGCCUCCCCAGUCUCUUCUCCACCACCGACAACACAUUCCACGCCAACCUCCGCCGCUCCAUUAACUCCGCCUUCUCCAUGUCAACACUCGUCCAAUACGAACCCCUCGUCGACAGCACCACCUCCAUCUUCCUCUCCCAAACCGACAAGCUCUUCGCCUCCCCAGGCAUAACCUGCGACUUCGCGCGCUGGCUACAGUUCUAUGCCUUUGAUGUGAUCGGGAACAUGACAUACUCCGAGCGCCACGGCUUUCUGGAGCGCAACGAAGACAUCGAGGGUAUAAUCUCAUAUCUCGGGAAGCUAUUCAGCUACGUAGCACCCAUAGGCCAAAUCCCCUUCCUCGACCUCCUCCUCCUCAAAAACCCCCUCUACCUCCUCGCCGCCCAACACGGCCUCAUCGACGCCACCUUCCCCGUCGCCCGAUUCGCCCGCGCCCGCCUCGAGGAACGCAUGGCCUCCUCCCCCGGCAAACCAUCCACCGGCCCGCCAGAUCUACUGUCUAAAUUCAUCGCCGCGCAGGAGACGCAUCCCAAUACCGUGACGCAGAAGGAAGUCCUCACCCUCGCUGUCUCGAUGGCGUUCGCGGGCUCGGAAACAACUGCUAUCUCCCUAUCGUCGGUUUUCUACUACCUCCUCCGUCACCCUGCUACUCUGUCCCGCCUCCUCGCCGAAUUGGACGAUGCGGAACAGCGCGGUGUGUUCGCUGAUGCUACGCCGGGCGUUGUCUCGUGGGCCGAGGCGCAGAAACUUCCUUAUAUGGAUGCUGUGAUCAAAGAGGCGUUUCGCAUUCACCCCGCUGCGGGAUUACCGCUCGAGCGCAUCGUUCCACCUAGCGGUGCUAUGAUCGCUGGGAACUUCAUCCCCGGCGGCACGAUCGUCGGCUGCUCCGCUUGGGUUCUGCACGGCAACCAGUCGAUCUUCGGGUCCGACUCUGCGCACUUCCGACCCGAGCGCUGGCUUCCGAGGGAUGGGAGUAGCGAGGAGGUUGAGAGGAUUAAGGAGAUGAACGCGGCGAUGUUCCAUUUUGGGAGUGGAAGCCGGACGUGUAUUGGGAGGAAUAUUAGUUUGUUGGAGAUUUAUAAGGUUGUACCCAGUCUACUGAGGGAGUUUGAGGUGGAGUUCCCCGAGGGGAGGAGGGGGGAAUGGACGUUGUGGAAUUCGUGGUUUGUGAGGCAGUUGGGGUUUGAGGUGAGGUUUCGGAGGAGGGAGAAGGGGGGGUUGUAGAGUAGUUAUGGGGGGAGAAUAUAGUAAAAAUGUUGUAAAUUCACAUUUCGCAGGCGUGGAUGCUGAGAUUGGAUACUGAGUGAGCUGUGGGCGGCUAUAUAAGCGUACGCGCUUCUGAGGCUUGAGUAGGGCACCACUCCAGUAACAGCCUGUUCACCAGAGUUUCACAGUCCUUGAUGGACUGUAUAACGGCCACCUUUGAUGUUUGGUGGGUGUAAUCGGGGAGGGGUUGAUGUUUUUGGUGGCGCGGAUCUCAUUGCUGUCAUGUAAUCUGCCGCUGUCAUUAUCCUCUCACCGUCUGUUAUUAUGCUCUCGCUGUCAUCGACCCCCGUUUCCUUGCUAGCCGAUCUAGGCCUCGGUGUUCUACAUGCUUGAUAGGGCCAUUUGACGUCUCUAUUAUACUUCCAUUCCGAUUUAAGCCUUGGAAUUCCAAUAGAUACUUCAUGUUGAACCCAAAAUCACCUUUCUGAAGGACCUUUUGCAUGAUGACUAGCCCCCGUUUCUUUAUCGGCCGAUCUGGGCCUCGAGACUCUGGGUGCUGGCUUCAGGGUCAUGGAUAUCUUGGUUUGCUUGGGCCCUCGUUGUCUCGUCGAUUAGUACUUCUAGAUCGCCAAGUAAUCUUUGGAGUAACGUCUUCGAGUGCAUCAUCAAUUUCAGAUCCCAUGGUGCGAAUCUUGUUGGCCCGCAAAAAGGACUCGUCCGUGAUGUGUGUGGUCUUACCACCCACUGGGCCACUGUCGUAUUCCGAUAUUUACGAAUAUAUUUUCCGGCCGCACGAGGGAGCUGCUGUGGGAGAAUACCAGAUAGGGAGGGGAAGGAGAUGAGUGUAAACAUGCAGAGUCUAAUAAAUAAGUUGC